AUGAAUAUCAAGAAGGUCGAGAAUGUACUAAUUGCAAACCGACAUGAUCCAUUCAAGAGCUUAGAGUUGAUUGACACCAUUCAAAGUUUAGGCAUCGAUCUCCAUUUCCGACACGAGAUCGAUCAAACCCUUAACAUGAUUUACAAAGAAUCCGGUCAACUCUAUGGAUACUACGGCCGAGAUCUCCGUGAGGUCGCGCUUUGCUUUCGAUUGCUUAGGCAAGAAGGUCACAACGUCCAAGAAAGUGUUUUUGAAAACAUACUAGACAAGAAGAGUGGAAUCAAAGACGACGUACAAAAUGAUGUGAAGGGUCUAAUAGAAUUGUAUGAAGCUUCUGAGCUCGGUGUAGAAGGAGAAGAAACACUCGAUUGCAUGAAAAUGUUCACGUAUAACCGCCUUAACGAACUUUGCUCGGGUCGACAAAGUCAUGAAGAUCGAGAGAUAAUGAGUUCUUUGGCUCAACCUCGACACAAAACCUUACGAAGAUUAACGUCCAAGAGGUUCAUGAUCAAAAUCGCGGGUGAUGAAGAUAAUGAGUGUUUACAAUCUCUACUACGAGUGGCUGAGAUCGAUUCCAUCAUUUUGAAGUCAUUGACUCAAGAUGAAAUAUCUCAAACAUUCAAAUGGUGGAGAGAGCUUGGUCUAGAGAAAGAGGUUGAGAAGGCAAGAAGCCAGCCACUGAAAUGGCACACAUGGUCCAUGGGAAUUCUUCAAGAUCCGACCUUAUACGAACAACGGCUUGAUCUUACCAAAGCGAUAUCGCUCAUUUACAUUAUAGACGACAUUUUCGAUGUCUAUGGGGAGCUAGAAGAACUCUCCAUCUUCACACAAGUAGUUGAAAGAUGGGACCAUGAUGGGCUUGAGAAGCUACCAAGGUACAUGAAGGUUUGCUUUGAAGCUCUAGACACGAUCACAACGGAGAUUAGCAUGAACGUAUUCAAAUCAUAUGGUUGGAACCCAACGGACUCUCUUCGAAAAUCGUGGGCAAGUUUGUGUAAAGCAUUCUUGGUAGAAGCCAAAUGGUUUAAUUCUGGUUACAUGCCAAAUACCGACGAGUAUAUGAAGAAUGGAGUUAUAAGUUCAGGUGUUCACCUAGUGAUGCUCCAUGUUUACUUCUUGUUGGGAGAAGAACUCACAACAGAUAAAGUCGAGCUAAUCGAAAGUAACCCGAGAAUUAUAUCAUCUGCAGCUACAAUCCUCAGGCUCUAUGAUGAUCUCGGAAGUGCAAAGGAUGAGAACCAAGAUGGGAUUGAUGGAUCAUACGUAGAGUGUUACCUGAACGAGCACAAAGGAUCAACGGUUGGUGAAGCAAGAUCACAUGUUGCUCAGAAGAUAUCUAAAGCAUGGAAUUGUUUGAACAGCGAGUGUCUGACAAGACCAUUCUCAAGAACAUUCUCUGAAGCUUGUCUCAACAUUGCAAGAACAGUUCCUUUAAUGUACAGCUACGAUGAUGAUCAACAACUUCCGGGUCUCAACGAAUAUCUCAAGUCUAUAACUUAA